AUGGGAAUACUGGUGACUUCAGCAACUCGGGUUGUGCGAAAGACGACGAGGACUGGAGCCAAUCGUGUGAUUCCAGUCUGUGUUCGUCUUUUCGACCGCCGUGGACUGAGUGGAUCAGGGCCGAGGUUAACUUCAGAUGACAAAGAUGUGCUCAAGGUGGCCUGGUAUUAUGCCACAGAUGUGCCGAAGUCCAAGCCAGAAUAUUUCAAUUGGACUCCAACGACUACUGCUUCGAAAUUUAGCGUGUUUUCAGAAAAGGAUUCCGCGCGCUUAGAGGCAGCGUAUCAGCGGAUCAAGCUCGAACGAAAACGGGCCGAAGACUCGAAAUUAGAUCCAAAACUCUUAGAUAUUAAUAUGGAUGAAGAUGAUGAGUUUGUAGAUAAACAGUCUAUUGGGUCAGCAACGCCAACUUCUCGACCAAUUGACCAUCCUCCUGUACCGGUUAAGGAAGAUGGAUUGUUUCUAGUGGAUCUGGACAAACGCGAGCUACGGCCAUGCUAUUGGGAUGGUCCUGUGUACGAUGUUCGCCGAGGUACUUGGUUUUACUCAGGGUCGAAACUUGUACCGUGUCCAGAAAAUCUGGCUGCUGAUUUAGAAUCUGCGUACCAGAAAGAACUCGGUCGGUUGAAGAGACUCAAGGUUCUAGAAACCCAAUUAGCGAACGCAGAAAAAUUAAAGACAAAGAAUAGCCAAGGAGAUCAGAAUGAUGAUGUCGCGAAAGAUAAUGACAAUGUCGAACCUGUUGAAACAGGUACGUCUGGGAAACUGGUAAUUUCCAAGCUCAGUUCAGAUCUAAAAAGUGAAAAGGCAAAGGGUUCGUAUGCUAUCGAGUGUAAUGAAGAUCCACAAAUCGAUGUUGUAAAGUUCUCUGAUGAGUCGCCAUCUGUUGCAUACGGUUACAAAUCAUUGUCGUCCGGCGUGCUUCAAAAAAUAGCAUCCACUUUAGGAGGAUCGUCGACGAAGUUGUUACGAGGAUACCGGUCAAAGGGAGAUGAGCGAGACAAAGAGAAAGAGCCACAGUCUCUUGCUGAUGAGCCUAAAACUACUACAUAUUCCUCACCCCUGUUGACUGCCAUGGCUAAUUCGGGAGCUUCAACUAACACAAUUUCGAAAAUCGAAGACACUUUUCUUCCUUGGUCAGCGAAAAGUUCAGAGUCAAAAAUGGAAGAGCAGAUGAAAAACGACUAUGAUGAGUCAAAUGAUGGCCACGAAAAUGGCCCUGAGGGUCCAGUUGAUCAUUUGGUUUUAUGUAUCCAUGGUAUUGGCCAGAAACUCAGUCAGAAAGUCGACUCUGUGAAUUUUGUUCACGAUAUAAACAUGUUCCGUAAACUCACUAAGACGCUACAGUCAGGUGAUUCUCCAAUCAACUUUUCGUCCCCAAUAACGGGCGAAGAAGAGGAUGGGGAAGAUGGAGAUGUCCACCAGAAUGCUGAUAACAGUGAAGCAGGUCAGAAAGCAGACGAAACUUUUAAUUCAACUAAGCAGAAAGAAGACCCAGAAAAACAACAUGGUUCUUCCCAAAACUCAAAAGAUAAUCCUACUAAAACCAGUACGGGGAACUCUAAACGGAAGCGGAAUCGCGUUCAGGUUCUUCCGGUGCUCUGGAGACAUGACAUGAGCUUUGGACGAAAAGCAAGCUCGGAUCAAAAAGAGUUCUUGUCAGUUCAGGACAUCAAUGUAGAAGGCAUUCCAGCUAUACGAACCUUGUUCAGUGACGUAAUAGCAGAUUUCUUACUGUUCAGCGAGCCUGUUCACAAGAAACAAAUGCUGGAAAUCGUCACCUACCAACUUAAUAGAAUCUAUCGCGAAUUUUGCAAACACAACCCGAUAUUUGCAAAGAAUCCCAAGGUGUCCAUAAUAGCACACUCACUUGGAUCAGUCAUUGGCUACGAAGCACUGCGAGCUGCCCACAAAGUCCAGAAACAGCGUAAACAACCACCGCCCAGCAGUUUCACUACCAGCAGCAGCUCUAAGGACUCGUCAUUACCGCCAGCACCUCCAUCAAGCACAUAUCUUGAGUUUCAAGUAUCAAAUUAUAUCACCAUUGGCAGUCCACUAGGACUGUUCCUGCUGAUUGGAGGUAGUACCAUUAGACCAGAAGAACUCAAUAUCGGGGCCAUGUACAAUUUGUUUCAUCCAUCUGACCCUAUUAGUUACCGAGUAGAACCUCUAGUUACACCAUAUGCUGCGAAACUGAAACCUGUGCCAAUACCAUUCACCAAAGGAGGAUUGACGACGCAAAUCCAGGAACUAAGUGAACUGGGAUCUAAAAUUAGCCAAAGUGCAUCAAUGAUGUGGAGCAAUAUCACAUCUUCGCUGACAAAGUCGGAUCUCCUUGAACAAAUCAAAAAGACAGACGAAGAAGAGGCAGCCGUCGCUGCUGCUGCCGCCGCUCUACGUGCAAAGGCCGAAUCGAAAGAAGACUCGGACGACUCUUCUGCUAAAUCCGAUACCCAACAACGACAAAAGGACCUACCUUCAGAACAACUGGAUGUGGUCAACACGAAACUAAAAGCUCUAAACCCUGCGGGCAGAUUAGACUAUGUGCUACAAGAGGGCGUGCUGGAUAUCUCGAUCCUAUCGGCAAUUGCCAGCCAUGUAUCAUACUUCGAGACCGAGGACAUCGCCAACUUCGUUCUACAGAUUCUAUACAAGCAUGCAAAAUAA